AUGGAUAAAAUGUACAUGAAAACAGUUUUUUCUAUUUUAGCCUUGUUCACAUAUAUGAGCAAUAAGGCUCUUGGAAGCGAGCCUAUUCCAAAUGAAUUUAUUUUAGCUAAUGAUAUUACUUAUCCUGUUGUAUAUGAUUCGAAUGAAAUAUAUGAACAAAAUAAGCAUCUUUUAUGUACAAAUGCUGAAGAAAUUUAUCAUGCGGCAGAAAUUAUGGAUGACGCUCUAGAAAAAUUAUAUUAUUAUGCUGAAAAUGAAUACGUUUACAAUUUAUAUAAAGAAUACAAUAGAGAUGCACAUUUACAUUUUAAUAAUUAUAUAGCUCAUGAAGGGAUUGGAAAAUUUGAUAUUAGAAUCAGACAUCCUGAUGCGUAUGAUGAGAUAGUAAAUAUUUUAUGGGACCCCAAUGGUGCAAAAAAAUACAAUCCUGACUUUGUUAGCGGAAAAGUUAUCCAUGCAUACAAUCCAAAUUUAUUAAUGAUACAACAACGUUACAAAAACGGUUUUAUGAACCCUCAUAAAUAUCUUUAUGCUUUAUCCGCAAAAUAUAAACUAUCCGAAACUAGAACUAUAAUUGUCAUGUCUACAGUAAAUGUAAAUGAUCGUAAUAGAAAAGAUGAAAAAAUAUAUGUAAACUCUAUCGUAAAAAGUGCGGAUUUGUUCAAAGCUAACGUUGAUUCUGAAGAGGAUAUUAGAAAUGGAGAAUUAAAAAAAUUGUUUGUUCAAUUAUCCGGAUAUCUCAUUACAAAAAAAAAAGACUACGUUGAAAUUAAUAAUGUUGACUCUAUGAAUGAUAAUGAUUCCGAUAACGCCCCCGAAUCGCAUAAAUUAUCAAAUAAAUUAAAAAGAAUGGAAAGCCUUCUGGAAUUAAACGAUUACAUUAGUAAUAAAUAUACAUAG